CAAGUGUGCCAGAGAGAAAGAGAGCAUAAAGCCAGCAGGGAGCCUUGUGCCCUCCUAAAGCAGCAACCCCGAUGUGGGGCCCUCCAGGUGUUCGUAUUACAACUCCCAUUAACACCCCCAAGGUGGCCAUGUUGUAAUCCGAGUCAUCAGGAAGGAGUCAGAGCAGGGAGGAUUGUCCUAAAGAUUUGUUGCAGCAAAAGCUUUCAUGCUUCGUGCCAAGCCGGGUGGAGGAGCCGUCUAGAUGAGCAUGGAAAGAUGCAGUGGUCUUGACAACAUAAAAAAAACAGGUGGAGCUUUGAUUGCAUCAUCCACAACUACCCUCUGAUUUUUUUGACCAUACCUGGCAGAAGCCCCUGGAGGUUUGGGCACCUGAAUGAACAGGAGGUGCCCAAGAGACACCCUGCUUUGCACUCUUAUGGAAUUGCUUCCGGCAGGACCAGGGUUGCCAACGGGCACCCAAGCAGGCACUGAGGGAUCCCUCCAACCCCGCUCUUCUUGGUCCUGUGAUGACGGUGGUGAGAGGGGCGUUCUGUGGUGAUUGACUCCUGUCAUUUCUCACGUGGACUUGGCUGGGUCAUGCCUCCUGUUCUGCUCCGAUCCAGCUUUCUUUCCUUGCAGGACUUACCAAUGGGGACUUUUGUCCAGCUGGAAGUGGACUUUGUGCAGACCGUCUGCAAGAAACAGCAGUGGAGAACCCAAAGCUGUCAGAUCAAAGCGGGCGGCAGGAGGCAGAAGUGUCUUGCUUGCUUCAAGUUUGAUGCCAGCAAUCCUGGAAGCCUUUUGGCCCAGUCGCUGCGGUGCCUGUCUGAGCAGAAUCCUGUUUUCCAGGAGGUGAGGGCAAGGCAAGAGCAGGACUGCGAGGCCAUCAAGGCAGCCAACGAGGAUCAGUAUCUGCCCGGGAAGUUUGCCUUUUCUGUUGGGCUUCCCUCCUGACCCUUCCCGACAGAGCUGGCAAGAACUGCACAGACUUGGCUAACUGGCAGAAUCCUGGGGAAUUGCGCCUCGGCACCCUGGGAUGGAAGGCCGGCUUCCUGGGGAAUCAGCCCGGCGCCUCUUCUGCCUCUCUUGAUUCCCACAAUAAAAUUGCAAGCAGAGUCUU